CAUAAACAGCUGUCAGUUGGUUGUCAAUUUGUCAUGCAAGGUGCAGACAAUAUUUUCCGUGAUAUGUAUUUUAGUUUUUGUUUGUAUAUUUCCUUAACCGUGGUAGUGGUUUAGUGUCGUAGUUAGUGUUUGUUUUCCUAGUUUUAUACAACCCCGAUGGUCUCCCACGAGACCGAAACAUGAAACUGUACCUGCGGCGGUGUUAAAAGGAACACUUUAGACGUGUCAAGAACCCAAGUUAUUUUCAACUGAUGAGCUUUUUUAGCAAAGCUACUCCAAUUGUUUUGUAUUGCGAUUAUUAAUUUGUUUGAUUUCACAUGGGUGAUGGCUUGGCAAUCGGAUUCACGUACUGAUGAGAACAGCUUCCUGCUUCGGUUGAAGAUAGUUGGGGCAUAUUCAUUGGCAAAAAAAGACAUUUUUGGUGCUAGUGACCCAUAUGUCCGCGUGGAGUUGCAGAAGGUGGACGGUGAUGUCACGCUUGAAACUUUUCUUACGAAAACCAAGAAAAAGACCCUGAACCCAGUAUGGAAUCAGGAGUUUGUAUUCAGGGUGAAGCCCCAGGAGCAGAAGCUGCUCAUCCAGGUGUUCGACGAGAACCGCCUGACGCGCGACGACUUCCUCGGCAUGGUGGAGAUCCCGCUGACGGGCGCGCCGGUGGAGAGCGCCGCGCAGACGCGCGCGCCGCCCGCCAAGUACCCGCUGCGCCCGCGCAGGUCGGUCGCUCGGUCCCGCGUGCGCGGCUACAUCGAGGUGUACCACGCGCUGGUGGGGCGCGUGGGCGAGCCCGGCGCGGAGCCGGCGCCCGAGCCCGCGCCCGACGGCUGGGAGAUGGUGGAGCCUGCGCCCCAGGUGGGCACUGUGCAGCCGGUGUCGUCGAUUCCGUCGCUGACCGGGGACGACUGGCAGCUUGUGGAGGCGACGGACUUUGACGUUGCGAUCGGCGGAGACGUGCUGCCGCCCGGCUGGGAGGAGCGGCAGGACGCGAACGGGCGCACGUACUACGUGAACCACAUAGCGCGCUCCACGCAGUGGGAGAGGCCGACGCUCACGCGUAACAUAAGUAUAGAGUCCCAAGCUGAGCGCAUGGAGACAGCGGUGACGGAGUUCCAGCGAAGGUUCCACAUAUCCGCUGACGACGAGCACGCGCCCACGCGUGGGCUGAGCCCCGCCCCGGGCACGCCCACGCCGCCCACGAGUCUGCCCACGACACUGCCAGCGUCACCGCCCACGAGUUUGCCGUCUAUGCCCGCCGCGCCUUCUCAGGAGGAAGUGAGUGAUAGGCGAGCUGAAUCGACUGAAAACACGCCAUACGCUACGCCGAUCCUUUCCCCCGAGUUGAGGGACCAAGUGACUGUUGAAACUGCAGCAAACAUAAGCAACGACUGUGAUACUAACGUAAGAGAUAAUCAGAACGAGGAAGACGAUGUCGUGUGCGCGAACGAGAAUGUUCAACGCACGGCGGAGACAGAAAACAAACAGACAGAGGAAACUGUCAACAAUGCUCAAGAUUCAUCCAAUGAGAAUCAAAAUUCUAGUCAAGAGACCGACGAGUCUGAAGUUAAUGAAGUUGACGCACGACCUUCGAAUGAAGUCGUCGUAGCGAAUGAUGUAGAAUCUAAUGGAGUGAUAGAUCAAGAUUUAGAUGACAUAGACGAUAGAGAUGAUAGAGACGAUAGAGAUGAUGAUGCCAGAACUGAGAUAGAGGAAAUAGUAUUUGGAAGGGAGAGGACAUUGACGGAGGAGACUGGUGAUGAUUCCACGGAAUCGUUGACCUUCGAUGAGAAUCAUUUCAGCACACCCACGGGUGGAGCGACUCCGAGGAGGAGAUCCACUUCAAGGCGUAGGAGGACUACGACAAGCUCUAUGGAUGACUCGGAGGACGACACAGACGGAUCGACGGAUAGCACGAGGAGUAGUACGUCUAGCACCAGUCAGAGUCAGAACCUACCCAACAGCGAUGGGCUGCCGCCCGGCUGGAGCAUGCAGCGCGCGCCCAACGGCAGAGUGUUCUUCAUCGACCACAACCAGAAGACCACCACGUGGAUUGACCCCAGAACAGGUUGCGCGUCCAGCCUGCCGAGUGCGGCGGCGGCCACUGCGGGCGCUGAGGCGGACGGGCUGGGGCCGCUGCCCGAAGGCUGGGAGGAGCGCGUGCACACUGACGGACGGAUCUUCUUCAUCGACCACAACACGCGUACAACGCAAUGGGAGGACCCGCGGCUGUCCAACCCUCAGAUAGCGGGUCCCGCCGUGCCCUACUCGCGCGACUACAAGCGGAAGUACGAAUACCUCAAGAGCCAGUUACGCAAGCCCAGCAAUGUGCCGAACAAAUUCGAGAUCAAAGUGAGAAGAAACUCUAUAUUAGAAGACUCGUAUCGUAUUAUUAGUUCUGUUAGCAGAUUGGACUUGCUCAAGACCAAGUUGUGGGUCGAGUUCGAGUCGGAAGUAGGAUUAGAUUACGGUGGGCUAGCGCGCGAGUGGUUCUUCCUGUUGUCGAAGGAGAUGUUCAACCCGUACUACGGGCUGUUCGAGUACUCCGCCAUGGACAACUACACGCUGCAGAUCAACCCCAACAGCGGCGUGUGCAACGAGGAGCACCUCAACUACUUCAAGUUCAUCGGCCGCGUCGCCGGCAUGGCCGUGUACCAUGGCAAGUUGCUCGACGCAUUUUUCAUCCGUCCAUUCUACAAAAUGAUGUUGGGCAAAUCCAUUGAGCUACAGGACAUGGAGUCGGUUGACUUGGAGUACUACAAUUCCCUCAUGUGGAUUAAGGAGAACGACCCUUCGGAGCUGUACCUGACGUUCGCGGUGGACGAGGAGCAGUUCGGGAAGACCAUCCAGCGCGAGCUGAAGCCGGGCGGCGCCAACAUAUCCAUAGACAACGAGAACAAAGACGAAUAUAUUAAGUUAGUGAUCCAAUGGCGGUUCGUGAGCCGGGUGCAGGAGCAGAUGUACGCGUUCCUGGAGGGUCUGGGCGGGCUGGUGCCGCUGCCGCUGCUGAAGAUCUUCGACGAGAACGAGCUGGAGCUGCUGCUGUGCGGCAUCCAGCACAUCGACGUGCGCGACUGGCGCGCCAACACGCUGUACAAGGGCGACUACCACGCCAACCACAUCUGUGUGCAGUGGUUCUGGAGGGUAGUGCUGUCCUUCUCCAAUGAGAUGCGCUCGCGCCUGCUCCAGUUCGUGACGGGCACGUCUAGAGUUCCCAUGAACGGGUUCAAGGAGCUCUAUGGUUCCAACGGGCCGCAGCUCUUCACCAUAGAGAAGUGGGGCUCGCCCGACAACUACCCGCGCGCUCACACUUGCUUCAACCGCAUCGACCUGCCACCUUACGAGAGCUACCAGCAACUGCGCGAGAAGCUCGUGAAGGCGAUCGAGGGGUCGCAAGGGUUUGCUGGGGUCGACUGAGUGUCGGCGCGCGCGCACCUGCAGGCUUUCCUCAGGGCCUUGUAUACGUUAUGACGGCGUGUUGUUGCAUUGCGGUGAUUUAAUCACGAUCGUAUGAUCACAAUGAUCAUGUGAUCACAAUGAUCAUAUGAUCACGAUGAUCACGUGAUUGCAGUGAUCAUGAUUGUGAUUAUGGUGAUCAAAUGAUCACGAUGAUCAUGUGAUCACGAUGUGAUUGCAGUGAUUAUGUGAUUAACGUGAUCAUGCGAUCGCGGUGAUCAUUCUGGUGAUUGUGAUGGUGAUGUUAUUUGUCUGGAUGUUUCAUAAAAUAUUUAAAUUACAACCCCCCAUUAGAUAGAUGAUAUUAAAGGUGUUGCAUGAAGUCUUGGGCGGCUCAGGACUAUUUGAAAGUCCCUAUAAAAUGCCUAUACACAAAAUAGUAAUUCGCCCUUGAUAAAUUUUCAAGAAGCUGAAAAUUUAAGAGUUAUUUGGAAAUCGGCCACUGUCAGUUCUGGUAAAUUUUAUAUUAGAAACAAAAAACCAUGUUGACCUUGGUUGUUUACCCAUAUAUCAAAGAAACUUCAACGACUAAUACCGCUUGACUAAGGUGCUUUUACGAAAAAGUGUGAUUUACGUUUUAUAGGCAUUAUUACAAAAAGACACAAAAAUCUAAUUUCGAUUUUUAUUGACAUUGGUUGUUCUUCCAAAUGACCCUUCAAUUUACAUGAAAGUCAGGGACACCAUUAUAAUAUGGAAUUGUUUCGACUAAAACAAACGGUAUACACAAUUUCAUGGUUAUUAAAUUUUGGUAUAGGAUUAUGGUGCUAAUUUGAUUAUGUAGAAAAUGCCAAUGAUAAUAAUGGACAUAAUUAAAAGGUAAACUUUUAAAACAUUAUACAAAAUAUGAACUGCUUAUGUAUAUUCUGUAAAUUAUUUUUACUUAACACUUGAACCUAUUUAUGGCUAUAUUUACGAGUAUAGACAAGAUAGAUUCAAACUCAAUUAUCUUCAUAGUAAAGUGAACUUUAGAUGGUAGAGUGAUUAGGUUUACUUUACUUUGAACAAAAUCAAGGUAUAUAGGGAACUUUGCAGGACGUGUUCCAUGCAUAUGCCCUCAGACAAAAUACUUAUGGACUUGUAUUGCACACAAAUUCACCGACAAAAUUGUCUGUCAUUUUUUGAUGUGGAUGAGGUUAGUUAUGUUAUGAAUAAAUUUAUUUCGUGUCCUAAACUACACAAAAGUAUGAAUUUCAUUUACAAUACACACACGUGUAAUUUUUACACAGACUAACAAACACAUCGCUUAGGCUUACUUGAUUGAUGUUUUGCUAUACCAUCUGACGAAUCGAUUCUUUCUAUUACAAAUUUGAUAGUUUCAUUAAGUUAUAAAUACUUACAAAUGAAAUGUAUCUAUAUAUUUUAGUUUACUAAAAUAUUGAAUACAAAUUUUGAAUAGAAGUUGUUGACCGUUUUUAAUGCCAUUCAACUACACAAACCGGAAUUUUCAGGGAGCUCUUUACACGACGAAAACGAUUACAACAAUGGACGUCGAUUCUACAGAAGCAGUUUUUAUGAACGCGUUUAGAUCGUUGAUCUUAUACUUUGACAGAAGGGCUAGCGAGGCAGGUCCCUAUAUAAUUCGUCUGAGUGCAUGCGAAGUACUGCUAUGUUUGUAGGCGAGGAGGCCUAGGAUGCACGCCUUUGGAAAUCUCGUUAUGGAAUUGUCGACCAAUAGCGGCUGCAUCGAAAAUAUUGCUUUCUUUCGUAUUUGCUUCCCCAUUGAAAGAGAGAGCGAUAUUUUCGAUUUCGCCGCUAUUUGUCGACAUUUGUCUAUUUCUCGACUUGAGAUGUGUUGUGAUGCGCUUCUUGGGCCUAUUGGUAAGGUGUUAUGUAAAAUAAAUUUACAUAUAUUUUAAUUCAAUACCGCCGUUAACAUAAUUCGCAAGUAAAAAUGUCAAUACAUAAUAGUGAUACCGAAGUAGCCUUUCGAAGGGGGUGUCUUCACACAUGUUCGGAUUGGCAUAAUAUUAAUACCUACACGUGACAGCGACGUAUUUUUGUGCGAUAUUUGUACAAUGUUUUCGAAUCUUGUUAAAAUAUAAUCAGACUGACAUGACGUUAUGAAUUGAUGCAACUUUUUUAUGGUAAAUGUGCUUGACUACAAUCAUAUUUUAUGGUGAGCAAUGAUUAAAUCUAAGUUAGAGCGCGCUUGCUUAUAAAAUUCCUUUUGACCUUGAAGGUGUUAAAAUAUAAGUAUGAAAUUCGGAGUUAAAAUUAACCAAGUUCUUAAAUCAUAAUAUCUUAUUCAUUUUGCACUAUCACUCUGUAACUGUGUUUUUUUUUUCAUUUAAUUUUUUUUAUUUAUUUUUUAUUUUAUUUGAUACAGGUACAGCUAGUACACAGUACAUGGUGUAAAAAAAAGUACACAAUGAUCGUGGACAAUGUGUCCAGCCACUUACAAGUGUAUACAGCUUGAUAUAAAAAAACAUUUUAUGUAACUGUUAUUAUUUAAUAAUUGAGAAAAUACAAGUUUGUCUGAUAAAACUACUUUGAUUCUUACGGACAAAAUAAAGUAUUACUACAAUUAAUAUAGGUAAUAAAUAUUUACAAAUAAAAUGAAACAGAUGUAUUUAGACAAAUUUGCGAACAUGUGUGGAGACACCCUCGCUAAUAGUUAAUCAUACGAAAAUUUACUAUAUUCCGUAAUUAUUAAGGUCCAUAUUUGUUUGUCAGGUGUGAAGUUAGAACGAGAUGAUAAUAUAUGCCUUACUCAUUUAUGUGAUUGUGACUAAUAUUCUAAUGUCCUUAGAGUUUUUAUGAAGUAAUUAAGUGAAUUACCAUUUUCGUGAAAACUCAGUGUUUGUGCCUGUGGCGCACUGGUAUGCGCGGUGACUUUAAAAGACGGAGGUCCUGGGUUCGAUCCCCGGCUGAGCUGAUUGAGGUUUUCUUAGUUGGUCCAGGUCUAGGUGGUGGGUGGCUUCGGAUGUGGCUAGUUACCACCCUACCGACAAAGACGUACCGCCAAGCGAUUUAGCGUUCCGGUACGUUGUUGUGUAGAAAUCAAAAGGAGUGUGGAUGUUCGUCUUGGAUUGUAUCAUCACUUACCUUUGGGUGAGAUUGUAGUCGAGGGCUAACUUCUAAAGAAUAAAAAAAAAUCCUAAACCCUUACGACAAAGGGAUACUUCUUGACUAGGUACAGACAUAUGACAAAGAAUAUCAAAAUUUGCAAAGAGCCCCAUUACUUUUAAAAGAUCACGAUUUUUUUGCAUACUUUUUGUACUUGGUUGUACAUAAAAGACAACAAAACAGAAAAUGGUAAUUCUCUUAGUUCAAAAUUCCAAUGUAUUUUAAAAUUUCGCUUGAAAAUGCUUCAGUAUGAGAGUUAGGGCUGGCUUACAUUCAUCCACUAAUAACUGACAAAGUAUAAAAAUGGGUAAAUGAAAUGCGUUUUUAUAUUUGAUUAAAGCCUUGUAGCGUAAAAUAUAUUCACGGAACAGAAAUAUCAUUGUAAAUGACUUUAAUUAUACCAAAAGUUGUUAGAUAUUUGACUGUAGAUUUUGUAGUUACAUUAUACAUACAUUGUUAUUUCAAACUACUAAGAAAAUUAUAUAAAAUACUAUUGGUAAACCCCGUAAAUGACUUUUCAUAUGCGCGAUAUAGACGUAAAGAGGUGAAAGUAAAAGAAUUGUCAUACUCCUCACCCCUAUACCGCUCGUGUGAUGACAAAUGUGGAUUCUCUAUAGCAAUUCUAUAUGUAAUUUAUAUUAAAAAUGUACUAAUGGCCUUUAUAAUAAAAAUGUGACAAGCAAACUAGUGAAAUAUAGUCGCAAGGUUGGUUUGAAUGUGAGCCGGUCCUGUAUUAUUUUUCAUAGGAUAUAUUCAUUUGUAUAUAAACUAGGUUACGGUGUAAAAAAAAUGCUAUUGUAUAAAAGUUAAAGAAAUCGGGGUGAGUCCAUAAAAUGGAAUGACACAUGUGAAAGCAAUCGUUUACGCCAUGUAUUUAUUAUUAAAUUGUAUUGUAUUAAUUAUUUUAAUUAUAUUGAUGAUUAUUCCGACUCGGUUUGGAUUUAGCUAUAUUAAUGAUUAAAAAAAAACAAUUACUUAAAUUGAAUAGUUAGGAUAAAUAAAUAAAUGAAUAAUAUUUUUUUUAAUACUUACAUUAGACAGCGAAAAUACUAGUUGUGUAAGUUCAAGUUUAUGUAUCAAUAGGUAUACAGAUUAUAAAAUAACACUGUUAAGAUUAACAACUGUUAUUUUUUUUAUUGUGCUUUAAAUUAAAAAAAUAACAAUUGUUAAAAAUCAUUGAGAUAAUGUACUAGUUUGUUGAACAAUACAUCAAAUAUGUAUAUAUUUAUAUUUACACGAGUUUCUUUUUUGAAUACAAUUAUGCCACUACAUAAUAUAGUAUUGAUUAGUCACAUAAAGACAAUAUGUAAGAUAUCACGAUGGUUUGAUGAAUAAUUUAAAUAAUGCAAUAAAAACUACGCAAUAAUGAAUAGCUUUUAUGCAAAGUGCUAAGACUAACUAUAAUUGUUACUAUAAUUUUCUGAAAAUUUGAAAUAUAUCGCGGCAUGUAAGCCCACCCUUUCCACUAUGACAUGAAAAUUUUGACAGUAUAUUUUGACUUUAUACUAAUAUUAUAACGCUGAAGAGUUUGUUUGUUUGUUUGUUUGAUUGAACACGCUAAUUUCAGGAACUAAUGGUCCGAUUUGAAAAAUUCUUUCAGUGUUAGAUAGCCCAUUUAUCGAAGAAGGCUAUAGGCUAUAUAUUAUCCCCAUAUUCCUACGGAUACGGUCCGCUAGUAAUCAAAUAAGUGGUGUCACAAAUUUCAUGUCAUAGAGUAGUGACAGGGCUUAGAAGGGCUUGCACAAAAUCUAUUUUCACUAAUCGCGAGUAAAAAUGUCUUGCUGGAUAAUUUAUUUAUUUCGGUAUAUUUAAUAACCGCUUUUCACGCAGGCCAAUACGUUGGCCAAAUUAUUGGCUAUCAUGUAGUGUAUAGUCUGGCAAGUCCGUUCUGGGGGGGAAAGACUUAGCGAUUGUGAAAUUGUGCGUCCGGGGAAGUGAGGUGCAUCAGUCGUGGGUUUUUCAUUCAUCGCUACACGCCCACAUCGGGAGUGUUACGAACGAAGUUGCCAAACUAUAGGUGUAGGUGUUUCGAAACGGCCACAAUAUUCGCCACUAUGCUGGCCAAAAUAUUGGCCAACGUAUUUGGGCUUCAAUAGAAGGCUCAUAGUCAUGGUCGGAAUAUCUAACUAUACUAAUCAAAUAUUUUUUGACAAUACGAGCCUAAACGCUGUCGGCCAUGAUGGGUCUUUAUAUCAGCUGUUUCAUGACGUCACGUUAACAAAUCUUUUACCGAACGGAGCGUUUGACAAAAAUAUUAGUUAACAUUGUGACGUCACAAAAUGGACGACAGCGUUUGGAAAAAUUUGAAAAAAUACAUGAUUUUUAAAUUAAUUUGUAUAAGAAAUCCUUAACUUAUAUUAAUUAAUAUCAAUAUUGUUUAUAUUAAUUUUGAUAUGAGUCAACUGCCCUAUUUUGUGGCAUUCUGUGGGGGUGAAUUUAUUGAAAGCAAAUGGACUUAGCGAAUAAAAGGCCACGUGAGAUUGAUAGUAUAGCUCGGCCAAACCAACUUUUUACAAUGUCAAUUACAAGAAUAUUUUUUGUAGAAAUAAAGUUAAAAACAAGAAGCAAGCAAGGACUACAAACAUAUCCCGAUUUUUACUUUCGAUGUAUGAAAAUGGAGAUUGUGUAAAUAUUAAGGUGGGACUAAUUCUGUUGUUGCGAAUGGAACUAAUUCAGUUGGACACCAAACUAAGACUUUAUGACCGCGUGGCGCAGUGUGUAGUUUCUUAUACAUUAUAUAAAUCUUGUUGUCGUGUUGGCUCGUGUCGACGCUAGGUGGCGCGACUUGGUUCCGUUGGGAGUUAGAGAGGGGUAACGAUCGGUUGGGGGGAACGACUAGCGAUAUAAGACGCUCGUACAGUCGGCUUCAGUAUGCUCGUGACGUUCGAGCCGUCCACAUUUCUUGAUAUCCUCGAUCCACCUUGUGGGGGGGUUGACCAACACUGCGCAUUCCGGUGCGAGGUCGCCAUUCCAGCACCUUGGGACCCCAACGUCCAUCGGCUCUUCGAACUAAGUGGCCUGCCCAUUGCCGCUUCAGCUUCGCGACUCGCUGAGCUAUGUCAGUGACUUUGGUUCGUCUGCGGAUCUCCUCAUUCCUGAUUCGAUCAUCUUUAUAAAAAUACUUUUAUAAUGCAUAAAAACAUCUAUAAAUUUAUAUGAUACAAGCGGACUCCAGUCAAGCUUCGCUUUGACUUAUGUGUGCUUAUUCCUUACCCCUACCCUACUACUCCCACCCUACCCCUUUCCUACUCCUACCUUGACAAAUAGACAUAAACGUAAAUUUUAAAAUUUAAGAUUUUAUUUAAAUGUGCAGAUUUAUAGAUAACAUAUGGUUAUCUGACUGACGUCAUUCAUAAUUCAUUAUGGCGUACUUUAUUUUUUAUAUAUAUUUAUAUUUAUUUAUCGUUUAUAUUAGUGUAUUAACUCGUUAUCUAAUUGAGUUUUAGUUUAGUGUUCAACAGGAUUGGGCGACAAUUGUAUUGUACAAUAUUAUAGUUUUUUGUGUAACACAAUGUUGAGUGUCGUCGAGAUGUUGACUUUAUUUUUAUUACGACUGUAAUUUAAUGUACUGUACUGUACUAUACUGUAUUGUAUUGUACAACGCUGUGUAAAUAGUUUAUUCAAAAUCAAGGAUUAAUGCAAAUAAAAUAUCGAUUACA